AUGACUGCAGAGACUGAGGACUACCCAUCAAAGAUCACUCUUUAUGUUGUAGUAUGUUGGAUUCUUGCAGCUUUUGGUGGCCUUAUGUUUGGUUACGACAUUGGAAUCUCAGGUGGAGUAACAGCCAUGGACGACUUUCUGAUUAAAUUCUUUCCCAAAGUCCAUGAAAGAAAGAUGCAUGCUAAGGAAAACAAUUAUUGCAAAUAUGAUGAUCAGAAUCUUCAGCUUUUUACAUCUUCAUUGUACCUGGCUGCUCUUGUUUCAAGCUUUGCCGCAUCAAAGGUUUGCACCAAGUUUGGCCGAAAGCCUACGAUUCUUUUGGCAUCCGCAUUUUUCCUUGGGGGAGCUGCUUUAAGUGCUGCUGCUCAGAACCUCUGGAUGCUGAUCAUUGCGAGGAUUCUCCUUGGCAUUGGCGUUGGCUUUGGCAAUGAAGCUGUUCCAUUGUUCCUGUCAGAGAUAGCCCCAGUCCAGCAUCGUGGAGCUGUGAACAUUCUCUUUCAACUUUUUGUAACUAUAGGGAUAUUCUUCGCGAAUCUGGUGAACUAUGGCACAUUAAAGAUGCAUCCAUAUGGAUGGAGAGUAUCUUUGGGGCUUGCAGGCGUACCAGCCACCAUGUUGUGCAUAGGUUCCUUGAUCAUCACUGAAACACCAGCGAGCCUGGUCGAGCGUGGAAAGGAGUUAGCGGGACAUAAAACACUGAAACAGAUUAGGGGUGUCGAUGAAGUUGAUUCUGAAUUUGACCAGAUUGUGAGGGCCAGUAAAAUUGCCCAGGAAGUGAAGCAUCCUUUCAAGAAACUCAUGAAGCUUUCCAGCAUGCCCCCUCUGAUCAUAGGCAUCAUGCUUCAAGUUUUUCAACAGUUUACAGGAAUCAAUGCCAUCAUGUUUUAUGCUCCUGUCUUGUUUCAAACUGUUGGAUUCAAGAAUGACGCUUCGUUGCUGUCCUCUGUGAUUACUGGAACCGUAAAUGUUCUUAGUACUCUGGUCUCUGUCUACGCAGUUGAUAAGAUUGGUAGGAGAAAACUACUUCUCCAAGCCUGUAUUCAGAUGUUUAUAUGCCAGACUGCAAUUGGAGCAAUCCUUCUAGUUCACUUGCACUCCAAAGAUUCACUGACAAAAACGCAAGCAGCUUUUGUUGUGACGCUGGUCUGUUUGUUUGUUAUGUCCUUUGCUUGGUCAUGGGGUCCUCUCGGUUGGCUGAUACCGAGUGAAACAUUCCCUCUAGAAACAAGGACCGCAGGGUUUGCAUUUGCAGUUAGCUCCAACAUGCUCUUCACCUUCAUUAUAGCUCAAGCAUUCUUGUCAAUGAUGUGUCAUUUGCGUGCCUCCAUAUUUUUCUUCUUCGCCGCCUGGAUAUUUGCCAUGGGAUUGUUUGUGCUGUUCCUAUUGCCAGAGACAAAGAAUGUCCCCAUUGAUGUCAUGGUUGACAGAGUCUGGAAGAAACACCCUGUCUGGAAAAGGUUCAUGGUUGGUGAUGGAGGGAGCUGAAGCUCAAAACCAACAAAUUCAGAGAAGAUAUGAUGGCCUGAAGGAGGUGGAGUUACUAUCGUUAUUCUUCGUGUUUUAACUUUGUACAAUUUGCUUGAUUUGAUAAGUCAACUGAAUUUUUGGACAUGGAUUUAAACUUUUG